CCCCCUGCUUGUGCGCGCUCCCACCCUUCCAGGAAGGGGCGGGGAAAAGGAGGCGCCAGAGGCAGCCACCGCGCUCCCCAAGCUCUUUAAAAUCCGAGAGCCUGGGCAGCACUGCUAGCCGCGCCACAUCCCAGCUCUGAGUAUCCGCGCGUAUCCAGCCGGCUCUUCUGUAGCGCGGUCUCGGGACGCGCCCAUGCGGCCACUCACCAUGUCCGGGCACUUUCUGCUGGCGCCCAUCCCCGAGUCCUCCUCUGACUACCUCCUGCCUAAGGACAUUAAGCUGGCGGUGCUGGGCGCGGGUCGUGUGGGCAAGAGCGCAAUGAUUGUGCGCUUCUUGACCAAGAGAUUCAUCGGCGACUACGAACCUAACACAGGCAAACUGUAUUCGAGACUCGUCUAUGUGGAGGGGGACCAGCUGUCGCUACAGAUCCAGGACACUCCGGGAGGCAUCCAGGCCCAAGACAGCCUCAGUCAAAUGGUGGAUUCUCUGUCCAAAUGUGUGCACUGGGCAGAGGGCUUUCUGCUGGUUUAUUCCAUAACAGACUAUGAGAGCUACCAGUCCAUUCGGCCCCUUUACCAGCAUAUCCGGAAGGUCCACCCUGAUGGAAAAGCCCCUGUCAUCGUCGUGGGAAACAAAGGAGACCUUGUGCAUGCCCGGCAGGUGCAGACACAUGAGGGUCUUCAGCUAGCUAAUGAGCUGGGCAGUCUCUUCCUUGAAAUUUCUACUAGUGAAAACUACGAAGAUGUCUGCGAUGUGUUCCAACAUCUCUGCAAAGAAGUGAGCAAGCUGCAUGGCCUCAGCGGGGAGCGGAGGAGGGCAUCCAUCAUCCCCCGGCCCCGAUCCCCCAACAUGCAGGACCUGAAGAGGCGCUUCAGGCAGGCCCUGUCCUCCAAAGUAAAAGGGCCCUCCACCCUGGGGUGAUCCAUCUCAGACAGACUGGCAUAUUAUUAUUAUUAAUAAGCAUUUGUGCUGCCAUAAAGACUGGCCCUUUCCCCCCUUUAAAACAUAUUCAGAGUUUAUUUUUAUAAUGACUUUAUUGGCUUUCAAGUGUAUGUAUAUUUCUGAAAAUUCAAACAAUGGAUUUUUUAAUGAGUUUUUUUUAACUGUAACUGUUGUUAGCCACUCUUCCAUUAAAGGCAAAAUGGCAAUACUA